GAAGUAGGAAGUAGCCCAAUGUACACACCUUUUCGUGUUUUUAAUAGCUCUCUAACUAACAAUAAUUUAUACGUGAGUAGCGUUCUCUCAUAUGUUUUCGAAAUGAUCAGUUGUCGUAUGAACUAAGAAAGCGCUCAACAUAUGGUCUGUGGAAAACGUAUGACAAGGUAAGCUUUUAGUGGCAAUGUUUACAAAUGGUAUGGCAGCUUCUAGCAAGCUAGCUAGUUAACAAGCUAACUACUACAAGUCAUAGCUGCUGAACAGCGAAUGAGGAUUAACAACAUUUGUGUCAUGGAUGAUGCUAUGAAUUUGCUGUUAGCUAACUGCUAACGUCACUGUACUAAUUUGCUGCUAAGCAAUGUCAGAGACUCAGACACAAAACGUGAGCAGUCAACGAAUGUCUUAUUACUAGCCAUGAUAUCAAUUAAAUGUAUCCAGCUAGCUAAAUGCAGUGUAAAUUCAACAAGGUCCUGUAGCUAACUGUCAAUUUUUGUCUGUCAAUACGUGUAUGAUAAAAGCUGAAUAUAGCUAGCUACUGGAACUAAUGGCCAGAUGAUACAAUAUAUGUCUUUGGUUCUACUGUGUUGUUUUAGUUGUGGCACAGGUCAGUUGACAAGGUUCUCUCCAUGAGUCACAGUCGGAAUCCCCCGCCCAGGGGACAGGGGGCAGCGCGAGCCAAACAGGUAAUUAAUUAUCAUCGAUAACUGUAAGUCAAGUUGUCAUUGAUAACACUAGUAAUUCGUGUUUUCAAUUCUCUCUCUCUCUCCCUCUCUUCUCACUCUCGCUAUCUCUCCCGUCUCCAUCUAUCUCUCUUCAUGCUCUCUCCCCUCUCUAUCUCACAUUCUCUCCCCGCUCUUCUCUCUCUCUCUUUCACUCUCUCUCCCCGCUCUUCUCUCUCUCUCUUUUUUUCUCUUCCACUCUCUCUCCCCUCUCUCUCUCUCUCUCUCUCUCUCUCUCUCUCUCUCUCUCUCUCUCUCUCUCUCUCUCUCUCUCUCUCUCUCUAAGAUGGGGCUGCUCCUGGAUCUGUCUCCGGAUGGAGGGAUGGAUGAAGGUGGAAAUGAAAAGGAGCUGGAGGCGGAGCUACUGGCUCUGAUGGGAGGGGACGGGUCCCAGGGGAAGAGAGGGAAAGGUGAGGAUCAUCAUCCUAUUCAUCAUCAUCUUCUCCCAAUCUUCUAUUAAAUAACUUCCACAGACCCUACCACUAGAACCGUGUUGAUACCUGCCUCCACAGCUCCAGUUCCAAUGGCCGACAUCGAGCGUAUGGCGGCUCUGUGUAUGAAGGACCUUGAUGAUGAUGAUGUUGGGGAUGAAGAUCUGGAGGAUGACGAUGAUCUCCUGGUAUCCACCAUGUUUACACUCUUCUUCACACUCCUCUUCACACUCCUCUUCACACUUAUUUUUUCCUCCUAUCUGUUGUUGUUUCAUUCCCAAUGUUAACACUGUGUGUGUGCGUCUGUGUGUGUGUACGUCUCUAUCUGUGUGCGUCUUUGUGCGUGUGUGUUUAUACAUUUAUGUGUCUUUAUCCAUCCACAGGCUGAGCUGAAUGAGGUCUUGGAGGACAAUGAUGAUGAUGAAAAGGUUCCUGCCACCCCUCCCAGCUCUAACUCCACCCCCCGCUCCACCCCCACCACCCCUAGUGGUACAACCGGGCUGGAGGCCUGCCUGGCUGAACGCAUUGACAUGUACCAGACGGCCAUCUCCAACGCCAAGGCAGAGGGGGAGAUGAGCAAGGCUCGCAGAUACGACCGCGGGUUGAAGGUGAGCCAGAGACCAUGGGCUGGUUGUAUGAUGAUGUGUUUCAGAGUAGGAGUGCUGAUCUAUGACCAGUUUUUCCCCUUAAGAUUAUAAUGAACAAGAUUACUGGACAGGAUGGACCUGAUCCUAGAUCAGCACUCCUAUUAUGAGACGCUUGAUACAUACGGCUCCAGGAACUUGAAUUAUCCCAGAUUCAUCUAGCCAUAUGUAAACCUGUAAUUCAACAGUUGAAGUUAUACUUUUCCUUUCAGCUGAAUGUUUGCUUGCUUGUCGUCUCCCCCUAGACGUUGCAGUCCAUGAUGGCGUCAGCCAAGAAAGGAAAACCAAUCAACGAAGAGGAAAUCCCGCCUCCUGUCGCCACAGGUGGAAAGCCUGCCCCAGCCCCCGUGCAGCAGCUUGAACCAAUCAAAGAGCGGGGGCCGCCAACCCCAGUGAUGACGCCCUCCCCGUUCACCAAUCAGAAGCAUCUGAGGGAGGCUCCGCAUGUUGCCCCGCCUCCUAAGCCCCACCUCCUGGUCCCCCCUCAGAAAAACACUGCCGUUACCCCGGAUACGCCCGCUAUUUCCCCCCUCACCCCCAUUCAACCAGACGCACGGCACUCAGGUAGAUCCCACACACACACACACACACACACAUUUUUGAAGACAGAUACCAGCUUGAAGACACCAACCUGUAAAUGUCACUGCAGUCCCCAAAACAAUGGAACAUUCUGGUUGUUUUAUAAUUCUCUCUCUCUUUCCUCUCCCCUCUCCCCUCCUCCCCUCUCUCUCUGUAGAGUUGAAGCAGUGUGUUCUAAACAGACAGAGGGAGUAUAAGCUUGCAGCCCUCCAAGCCAAGCAGGGAGGAGAGUCAGAGCUGGCCAGACAACACUACCACAUCGCCAAGGUACCACACACACUACGGGUUAAAGGACCUCGAUGGACCUCGACUAGGGGUUCAAAUUGGGGUCCUUAACGUUAAGAAAAAUCCCUAACCGUUUUUUCCCCACCCACAUAAUUAAAAUCACAGUGCAGUUAUCACAUAACAUAUUAUUUUCAGUUUUAUAUCCUAACUAGACGAUAGGCUAUAAAGGGGAAAGUGGUGUAAUUUUAAAGGUUGACUCAGCGAUAUGAAGUAGAUGCAGAAAGUAAACGGCAUAGUGGGUCAAUUUCUGCAACAAAUAAGAACGUUGAAGCGCGAGGCUCAACUUCUCCGCUAUUUUGGUGCCCUGGCUACCACGCUGUGAAGCGAACCAGUGCACAUGCGCAGAUACUGUGUGGGACUGUGUGAGAGCCAAGUGUUGCAUCUUGCUCAUGUCAAUAUCCUAGUCUAGAGCCCUGCAUUACUGAAGUUCUGAGACAUUGCAAGCCAAGAAAUUGCGAAAUACAGCUUUUGAUUGCCGAUAGAUAGGCCUAGUGCACGGUUCUGACUGUCUGUCUGGUGGCCAACCUGCCUAUACUGAUAGAUAGGCCUAGUGCACGGUUCUGACUGUCUGUCUGGUGGCCGACCUGCCUAUACUGAUAGAUAGGCCUAGUGCACGGUUCUGACUGUCUGUCUGGUGGCCGACCUGCCUAUACUGAUAGAUAGGCCUAGUGCACGGUUCUGACUGUCUGUCUGGUGGCCGACCUGCCUAUACUGAUAGAUAGGCCUAGUGCACGGUUCUGACUGUCUGUCUGGUGGCCGACCUGCCUAUACUGAUAGAUAGGCCUAGUGCACGGUUCUGACUGUCUGUCUGGUGGCCAACCUGCCUAUACUGAUAGAUAGGCCUAGUGCACGGUUCUGACUGUCUGUCUGGUGGCCGACCUGCCUAUACUGUGCCCCCGCCCUCUCUCUCUCCGUCCCUCGCUAGCUCGCUAUGAAAGAUUUGAGUGUUUGUGUUCUCGAAAGUACGGCAACUAAUCAUUACUCCUCCGUUCUAAAAAUACUGAAUCUUAGGAGUCGAUUCCUAGCGAAAUCGAAUCUUGACACUCAGAAAUGGGAGUCGACACCGGGAGUCGCCGUGCAAGUAGUCGAGGAAUCAAUUAUUUUGGAGUCGAGGAAUCAAUUAUUUUGGAGUCGAGGAAUCAAUUAUUUUGGAGUCGAGGAAUCAAUUAUUUUGGAGUCGAGGAAUCAAUUAUUUUGGAAGUUGACUCUCCACCACUACUUCAUCGUCGUCGUUAACAGUUGCAAAAAUGUCAGAGAAAGACAAGCGACAGCAGCGAAGUCCUGAAUGGUAAAACGUAGAGAAGUUAAAUGAGAAGGAAACUUUUCCAGGUGGAAUUGAAGACCAGUAAUGGUAGUGGUGGAAAAAGUACCCAAUUGUCAUACUUGAGUAAAAGUAAAGAUAACUUAAUAGAAAAUGAUUCAAGUAAAAGUCACCCAGCAAAAUACUACUUGAGUAAAAGUAUUUGGUUUUAAAUAUAGUAUCAAAAGUAAAUGUAAUUGCUAAAAUAUACUUAAGUAUCAAAAGUAAAAGUAUAAAUAAUUACAAAUUCCUUAUAUUAAGCAAACCAGACGGCACAAUUAUCUUGUUUUUAUUUAUUUACGGAUAGCCAGGGGCACACUCCAAUACUCUGACAUCAUUUACAAACAAAGCAUGUGUUUAGUGAGUCUGCCAGAUCAGAGGCAGUAGGGAUGACCAGAGAUGUUCUCUUGGUAAGUGCGUGAAUGGGAACAUUUUCCUGACCUGCUAAGCUUUCAAAAUCUAACGAGUACUUUUGGGUGUCAAGGAAAAUGUAUGGAGUAAAAAAGUACAUUAUUGUCUUUAGGAAUGUGAUGUUGUAAAAGGGAACAAGGUGGUGUUCCUGUCCGACUGGAUGCCCAGGUGUUGCAUUGCAUCAACCAAUAGCUGCGUGCCACGUCAUCGACUGCUCAAUCUGACAUCAAAUUGCUAUAUCACAUGAUGUGGUUAGCUGAUAUGUUAAACUUAUCUAUCCAUUGUGAGAUCUGGCAUGUCAGCAAUGUACAGGAACACACCCACCUGACUACACCUCUUCCCCUCCUCCUCCUCUCCCUCUCCUCCCCCUCUCCCUCUCCUCCCCCUCUCCCUCUCCACCACCUCUCACUGUACAGAAACUAGACCCCAUAGUAGAGGCAUUGGACAGAGGGGAACCAGUGGACCUCAGCUCUCUACCUCCCCCUCCAGGUACGCUUGGCUUACUACACCUGACUCUUAGUUCUAAAUCAAUGACACCCUAUUCCCUAUAUAGUGCACUACUUUUGACCAGAGCCUAUAGGGUUUGGGAUGUGGCCCUGAAUACCUGCUAGAGCCUAGAAGACCAGGGUAUUCAUAGUGUCUCAGUCUCCGAGAGAGCGCUGAUUUAGGAUCAGUUUUCCGUUUUAGAUCACAAUGGAAAAAGAUGCCAUGGGGAACCUGAUCCUAGAUCAGCACUCGUACUCUGAGACGCUUAAUACAUUCCACCCUGACCCUUAAAGAUCUGAUCUCAACCCCUCCCAUACGGUGAAACUCCUCUUUCUCCUCCUUCCUUCUCAUCCCCUCUCUCUCUCUCUCCUCAGGAGAUGCAGUGGUAGAGCGUUCUGCUCCUCCUCCUCCCCAGUCUUCCUCCAGACCCUCCCCUGCCGCUCCCCCGGCAGCUCCCCCGGUGGCCGACUCCGGUAACACACAUUAUAUUAAUAAUAAUAAUAUUGGAUUGGAUUUAUAAAGCUCCUUUCUAAAGGGGGAAAUCACCUCAUCCAUCACCAAUGUGUAGCACCCACCUUGGUUGAUGCACGGCAACCAUUUUGUGCCAGGUCGCUCAGUGGAGGUGUGUGUGUGUGUGUGUGUGUGUGUGUGCGUGUGUGUGUGUGUGUGAGACAGCCCUCCCGGCCCCAGGCAGUGUAGGGGAAGCGUUACAACAGAGGAUGGAGCGAUACAAAGCUGCAGCAGAAGGGGCCAGGAGUAAAGGAGACGACCGCAAGGCUCGCAUGCACCAGCGCAUCGUCAAGGUACACACACCAUCCCAACAAUGACUGGUGGUUCAAACACACACACACACACACAUCCCAACAAUGACUGGUGGUUCAAACACACACACACACAUCCCAACAAUGACUGGUGGUUCAAACACACACACACAUCCCAACAAUGACUGGUGGUUCAAACACACACACACACACACACACACACAUCCCAACAAUGACUGGUGGUUCAAACACACACACACAUCCCAACAAUGACUGGUGGUUCAAACACACACACACACACACACACAUCCCAACAAUGACUGGUGGUUCAAACACACACACAUCCCAACAAUGACUGGUGGUUCAAACACACACACACAUCCCAACAAUGACUGGUGGUUCAAAACACACACACACAUCCCAACAAUGACUGGUGGUUCAAACACACACACACACACAUCCCAACAAUGACUGGUGGUUCAAACACACACACACACACAUCCCAACAAUGACUGGUGGUUCAAACACACACACACACAAUUAGACAGAACUCCAAGUUUCAUGCUUUUGACAGCAGGCAGCGGAAACAUCUCACACACACACUGUAAUGUAUACCUGCUUGGAUAUAUCGUACUAAUGUUAUUUUUCUCUCUCUCGCUCUGUCUGUCUGUGCAUGUGUCUGUGUGUCUGUCUGUGUUUCUGUGUGCGUGUGUGUCUGUGUGUGUGUGUGUGUGUGUGCAUGUGUCUGUGUUUCUGUGUGCCUGUGUGUCUGUGUGUGUGCCUGUGUGUGUGUCUGUGUGUAACAGCAAUACCAGGAUGCCAUCAGGUCUCAUAAGUCUGGACGACCAGUCAACCUAGCUGAUCUACCUGUACCACCAGGUAACAUGCUGUUAGUAGCAGCUUUCAACAGGCACUCUAUAAUAGGUGUUUUAGCAUAGUGAGUGUUCAGUCUGUACUGGGUUUAAAUGAUGGCUUCAUUGUAUGAGAGUUUUUAUUUAUAUACUUUGUUACUCCCAGGCUGGCCCUUGCUAGCGUCAUGUUUUAUUAGCAUGUUUUUAGUGUGUACUCCGUAGCAUGUUUUUAGUGUGUACUCCUUAGCAUGUUUUUAGCGUGUACUCCGUAGCAUGUUUUUAGCGUGUACUCCAUAGCAUGUUUUUAGCGUGUACUCCGUAGCAUGUUUUUAGCGUGUACUCCGUAGCAUGUUUUUGUUCUCUGUGUUUACUAUGUACUGUGUUGUUGUGGCCCAGGCUGUCCUCCGCUGCAGGGCUCAGAGAGCGGCCAACAGAACUUCAUGGGCGUCCUGGAGACGGCCAUGAAACUAGCCAAUCAGGACGCAGACGCAGAGGACGAGGACGGACCAGGGGAAUUGGCAAAGGUAACCACCAUGACCUAUGACCCUGACACACAUGAUGAGAUUUCAUGAGAUUUCUUGAUGCUGAAGAUUGUUCUGGAAGUGGGAAAAUAUGGAUACUAUGUCCUAGACACGCAGAAUAAAUAGUAUGUUCAUGUUUACAAUAUUUCGCUUCGCUUCCGUUCACGUAACACUCUCUCUCUCUCUUUCUCUCUGUCUCUCUCUCUCUCUCUCUCUCUCUCUAUGUCUCUCUCUCUGUCUCUCUCUCUCUUUCUCUCUUUCUCUCUAUGUCUGUCUUUAUGUCUCUCUCUCUGUCUCUCUAUCUAUCUCUCUCUCUUCUCUCUGUCUCUCUCUCUACUCUCUAUAUGUAUCUCUCUCUCUGUCUCUCUCUAUUGUCUCUCUCUUAUGUCUCUCUCUCUUAUGUCUUCUCUAUCUGUCUUCAUUCUUCUCUCUCUGUUCUCUAUCUAUGUCUCUCUAUGUCUUAUCUCUCUAUGUCUUUUAUGUCUCUUUCUAUCUCUCUGUCUCUCUCUGCUCAUAUGUCUCAUCUCUGUCUCUCUCUACUCUACUUAUCUCUCUCUCUUAUCUACUCUCUCUAUCUAUCUCUUCUCUCUCUAUCUUACUCUCUCUCUUCUGCUAUUUCUCUCUUCUGUCGUCUCUCUCUCUAUGUCUGUCUCUCUUCUCUCUCUCUUCUUCUCUCUCUCUCUUGUCUUCUCUCUUCUCUCUCUACUCUCUCUCCUCUCUCUCUCUCUCUCUCUCUCUCUCUUUCUCCUCUCUCUCUCUCUCUCUCUCUGUCUCUCUCUCUCCCCAGCCUGCAGUGGGAGCUCCAGUCCAGAAAGGCAAAGCUCCGACCCCUCCCACACCAGGUUCUGGAGGCAACACAACACAGGGCUCCAGACUGGGGCCUAAAGGUGUGUGUGUGUUUCAGUAUAUGUGUAUGUUGGUGUCAGUGUGUGUGUACAUAUUCAUAUAUGUAUUAAAUUCAUCCCUUGACAUGACACAAAUUCACUCUCCCAUUAGCCACUCUGAUGUCUCCCUACACACACAACCACACACACACUUACCCCCCUCUCCCCCACACUCACACAUACAUCCACAUCCUGACUCCCUGCCUGUGACGUCCCUUCCUGUGGUGCAGCCCAGCAGCAGUUGGACUUCCUGUUGCUGCGACGGCAGGCGUUCAUCCGCGCGGCGCUGCGUUCUAAACAGAUGAAGGACAUGCAGGGAGCAGCAGUCCAUCUCCGACACGCUAAGGGACUGGACCAGAUGAUCAGCGCCACCAAGGGAGGCCUGCCUGUAGACAUCACCAAGGUGUGUGUGUGUGGGGUAGUGGAGGGCAACUUUCCACUAAUUCCCAGGUUUUCAAGAAAUCUAGAAAUCUGCAGGGAAAUAAUAAAGCUGGAAAUCCUCAACCAGAAUUUCUGGAAAUCUUUGGAAAGUUUGGAAUUUUGCAACCCUAGGAGGUCUGUGUGUCAAGGUAAAGGAGGGUGGGGAGAGGGAGGGAAAGGAGGAACAUUGAGACGUGUGUCUGUGUAUUUAUGUGUUAAAGGAAGAGAGAAAAUCUCCUGCUGUUAAGGGAGGAGAGAAGGGUGAGAGAGGAUGGGGGAGGUAUUAUUUUUAUCUCUUGGUGUCACUGGAGAGACUGCAGGAGAGGAGCCAGGAACAGAUGGAGAGUACAGGGGAAGACCAAGACAGCGGGGGGGGGGGGGAGAAGCGCCUGCGGGGGACGUGGCACACCGCGCGCGGCGCGCGACCGUCGCGCGAGGGCCUCGCCGCGGGACACACUCGCGCGCGCGACCGCGACGCAAGGGCCGCGCCGCGGCGACACACCGCGCGGCGCGCGACCGGGCCCCAGGGCCGCGCCGGGCGACAAAACCGCCGCGCGCGCGCGAGCGCGCGCGAGGGCCGCGCCGCGGCGACACACCGCGCGACGCGCGACCGCGAGGGCCGCCGCGGCGACACACCGCGGCGCGCCGCGACCGCGAGCCGCGCGCCCCGGCGACACACCGCCGCGCGGCAGCGAACCGCGCGCGAGAUGGACGCGCGCGGCGACACACCAGCGCGCCGCGCGCGACCGGAGUGCGAGACGCGGCGACAAACCGCGCCUCGCGCGCAGGAGCCGCGACCGCGAGGGCCAGCGCGGAGACAACACCGCGAGCUCUAGCAUCGCGAGCUGCAUACACACAGCGCGUUCUCUCUCUUCUAUCUCUCGACUCUCUCUCUCUCUCUCUCUAUCUCUCUCUUUUCCUCUCCUCUUCUACACACCUCUCUCUACCUCUCUCUCUAUUUCCUCUCCUCUUCUACACACCUCUCUCUCUACCUCUCUCUUUUUGUGUCAGUGUGUCUGUAAUUAUGUUUGUGUGGGUAUGUGUACAUAAUUGUAUAUGUGUUAAAUUCAUCCCUUGACAUGAACAGUUUCACUCUCCCAUUAGCCACUCUGAUCUCUCCCUACACACACAAACACACACACUUACACCCCCCCACACACACACACACAUGCACAUUCAUCUUCCAUCUCUUUCUCUCCCUCUAACUGAAUCCUGUCCCCGCUCUCUCUUCCUCAAUCUCUUUCUCUCCCCCUGGGUUAAAUGUGGAAGACACAUUUCAGUUGAAUGCGUUCAGUUGUCCAACUGACUAGGAAUCCCCCUUUCCUUUCCGUCCCACAGGUCCCCAGUGCUCCAGUCAUUGAGGAGGACUACUCUCUGUCUCGGUCUCAUUCCUCUCCUCGCUCCUCAGAGCAGUACAGCAGCCUCAUGGAGCUCCUCCGACAGCAGCACCAGGUUAUUACACUCUUAUGACAUCUCUUACUACAUAUUUAUAACACAUGAUGUAACUCAUUAAUAUGGAGCUCCUCUGACAGCAGCACCAGGUUAUUACACUCUUAUGACAUCUCUUACUACAUAUUUAUAACACAUGAUGUAACUCAUUAAUAUGGAGCUCCUCUGACAGCAGCACCAGGUUAUUACACUCUUAUGACAUCUCUUACUACAUAUUUAUAACACAUGAUGUAACUCAUUAAUAUGGAGCUCCUCUGACAGCAGCACCAGGUUAUUACACUCUUAUGACAUCUCUUACUACAUAUUUAUAACACAUGAUGUAACUCAUUAAUAUGGAGCUCCUCUGACAGCAGCACCAGGUUAUUACACUCUUAUGACAUCUCUUACUACAUAUUUAUAACACAUGAUGUAACUCAUUAAUAUGGAGCUCCUCUGACAGCAGCACCAGGUUAUUACACUCUUAUGACAUCUUACUGCAUAUUUGUAAUUAAGCAAUACGGCAAGAGGGAUUGUGGUAUAUGGCCAAUAUACCACGGCUAAGGGCUGUUCUUAAGCACGACGCAACGCGGAGUUCCUUGAUACAGCCCUUAGCCGUGGUAUAUUGGCCAUAUAUCACAACCCCCUGAGGUUCCUUGUUGCUAUUAUAAACUGGUUACUGACGUAAUUAGAGCAGUCAAAAUACAUGUUUUGUCAUACCCGUGGUAUACGGUCUGAUAUACCACGUCUUUCAGCCAAUCAGCAUUCAGGGUUCGAACCACCCAGUUUAUAACAUGAUAUAACUAAUUAAUAUGGAGCUCCUCCGACAGCAGCACCAGUUUAUUACAACUCUUAUGACAUGCUUAUUAAACACUGUUACGACAACUUAUUAAACAGCACACCCCUUUAGCAUAUAUUUAAAACAAUAUAUUUAUAUAGCACCUCACGAACAAUAAAUGCCUAAUUGAACCCUUAUAUAUGCAACACCUUUAUACACCUUAUAAUAAACUUAUAACAUGUUGAUAGUACAUUAAUAACACAUGAUCUGUUUCUCUCUACAGAAAUGUCUGGGUUACUCACAGCAGUUCACUCACAUGGGAAGCGUGGCCGAGACCUCCAGGUUAGUGGCAACAAUUGUGUUUUGAGUGGACGCAUGCGCGAGUACCCCGAAGCACAUCAAGAUGUUAAAAUAAUGACCGGACUGAUAAAAAUAGUCAAAAUUCAAUAAGUAUUUAUUAUAAAACAGAUGUGUUUUCAAAAAGAGUGUAAAAUACAAACUAAAAGGUUAUUAAAACAACCAAGACCUGCACACCAUACAGUGUAUAUAUAGGAUGUCUACCUCCAUUACAUUUACAUUUUAUCCAGAGCGACUUACAGUUAGUGAAUACAUUUUUUUUUUUAAUUCUUUUAAAUAUAUAUAUAUAUAUAUAUAUAUAUAUAUAUAUAUAUUUUUUUUUUUAUACUGGCCCCCCGUGGGAACCGAACCCACAACCCUGGCGUUGCAAACGCCAUGCUCUAUCAACUGAGCUACAUCCCUGCCGGCCAUUCCCUCCCCUACCCUGGACGACGCUGGGCCAAUUGUGCGCCGCCCAUGAGUCUCCCGGUCGCGGCCGGCUGCGACAGAGCCUGGUUUCGAACCAGGAUCUCUAGUGGCACAGUUAGCACUGUGAUGCAGUGCCUUAGACCACUGCGCCACCCAUUACUCGCAUUCUGUUCAGAAACACCAUUUUAAAGAGACACACAAUAAUUAGGAUCAGGUGUGGUCAAUUAGUAGGCGUGGCCAGCACACCUGAACACACUCAAAUGGACGUGACAAACACUUGAAACUAUUGAGGAUGAAGUUGAUGAUACACGUACACCUAUGGUAAUGUUUGAAUAGUAAAACACAAUUUGGGCCCAAUUUAACAUACGUUUAACAAAUAUAUCAGUGAAGAUGCAUUGAAUUCAAGGAAAUGCCAUCUUCACAGUGUCUGUGUGAACCAGGGUGGGAAAUUAAACUUUUUGGUCCACUAUCCACUGUGGCAGGUAGAUUAAAAAAUCGACCAGCCACUCAGAUUUUUUAACAGCCAUAAUAUGUUUUGCGCCAUAAUUACAAUUUCAAAAAAUAACUGAUGAGCAUGCUUUUGUAAUGUUUCUAAAACAAGAAAUGUAUUACUAGUCAAAAGUAAUGGGUUAUAUUGCUUAAUUUCAUUUCAUUUUUGUGACCUGCGUCUUUUAACCAAUGUAUGUUAAAAUAAAUAAUGUUGAUGCUAUAGUAAAAACAGAUAAACAGUUCUACAACUGAACAUCAGCAAUCAACAAAGUGCCUGCCCUGCCACAAAAUGCUGAGUGAUACGGUUUAUUUAUUAUUGUAGUUCAGAGCUCUACGCUGACAUGUUUUACAAGGAGUACAUGAUCUGCUCCUAAGUAGAAAUGUAGAAGCACACAAAUAAAUCUAGGAGAACAUUUAAAGUAUUUGAGUGUUUUAAUGAUAAGAAAUGACUAAAAGUUCAUGAAUAUGUUUUUUUUGGAGUGAUUCAUGCUCAAUCAAGCACAAUCAUUAGGUGAGACAAAAAUUGUCAGCUGGCAUUUUAAGGGAUGGGCCGUUACCAUGGUAACACUGGCACUCGCUUGUCUGUGACUAACAAAAUCUCCGACCGCGACGUCUUCCUAGCAGCAGACAGUUGCAGCAAACUCAAACUAACAUUGAAAAACAACCUAGAGUGUGAAGAAACCGAUGUAACUGGCCAAGAAACAGGAGGACAAAGUCACACUUCAGUAGCCUUUCUUGUAAAUUCCACCAACUUCUUCUACAUGUGGGCUUUGGUUUAAAAAAAACUGUUGCCAAAUGCUCUGUGUGACCAACCGCCAACGUGGCUGGUGAAAUAAAUAGACAUGAAACCCCGCCAAUGACAACAUCUACCCCCAUUUGGCGGGUGGCUGGUGUGAACCCUGUGUGUGUGUGUGUGUGUGUGUUGCUGUUGUCAGGUUUGAGAAGCUGGCAGAGGAGUGUAUGCAGAACAUUGAGGUACUGAAGAAGGCCCACGCCAAGGGCCAACCUGUCCCCAAAUACCACACUGAGGAGAGGACCUUCAACACUGUCAAGUAAUAUAUUGUUACUAACAUAUUAAUACCACACUGAGAUGAGGACCUUCAACACUGUCAAGUAAUAUACUGUUACUAACAUAUUAAUACCACACUGAGGAGAGGACCUUCAACACUGUCAAGUACUAUACUGUUACUAACAUAUUAAUACCACACUGAGGAGAGGACCUUCAACACUGUCAAGUACUAUACUGUUACUAACAUAUUAAUACCACACUGAGGAGAGGACCUUCAACACUGUCAAGUAAUAUACUGUUACUACAUAUUAAUACCACACUGAGGAGAGGACCUUCAACACUGUCAAGUACUAUACUGUUACUAACAUAUUAAUACCACACUGAGGAGAGGACCUUCAACACUGUCAAGUACUAUACUGUUACUAACAUAUUAAUACCACACUGAGGAGAGGACCUUCAACACUGUCAAGUAUAAUGUUACUAACAUAAUUAAUACCAACUGAGGAGAGGACCUUAACACAAUGUACACAGACUAUACUGUACUAACAUAUUAAUACCACACUGAGGAGGGACCUCAAUCUGUUCUCAGUCAGUUUGUAUUACAAUGAACAUGUAUAUAAAAUACUCUGUCUACACCACAUGAGAUACACACACAAUGAAGUAUAUAUAUUCAAUAUACACACAGCAGGAGGAAAGUAAUCUGUUUUCUCUGUCUGUUGUUGUGAAUGUAUGCCUAACCGACAGGCAUGAGAUGAUGUGACAUGUGAAGGGUAUCAUCUACUGCUCCUGAGGGUGGUGUUUUGAACUAAGUCACCCUCUCCGAGCAGAAUAAACGAGAGGGAACAGCCAGAGGGAGAAAAACACGGCGGGGAACAAAAAGAGCGUUGGGAGAACCACGGGCGGCGCAAACCAAUGCGCACCCCGCGUAACUGGCUCAACCCCUCUCUUCUCACCCUCGCUUCUCACCCCUGCUCGUCUCACCCACCGCUUCCUUUUUCCUCACCCUCCUCUUUUCCUCACCCCCUGCUCGCUUCUCAACCCCUCUCUUUGUCACCACCUCUCUUCUCACCCCUCUCUUUUCACCUCUCUCUUCUCACCCCUCUCUUCUCACCCCUCUCUUUUCACCCCUCUCUUUUCACCCCUCUCUCAUUCUUCUCACCCCUCUCUUCUCACCCCUCUCUCAUUCUUCUCACCCCUCUCUCAUUCUUCUCACCCCUCUCCUCAGGAGUAUCUGCCAGUGAUCUGGACACCAGUGUGCGCUUUGAGUUUCCUUUUCCUAGUGCGGUAAGACAGACACACACACACACACACACACACACAAAUAACCUGCACACAUUUCCACUUAGAUCCACUCAAAUAUUCUCUCCCUGUCUUUGAUGUGUGUGUGUGUGUCUGCCUGUGUGUUGCGUGCAUGUGUGUGUGUAGGAGGAGGCCCAGAAGGAUAAGACCAGUACAGUAAAGAACAGCAACAGUCCAGAGUUUAAAGAGCAGUUUAAACUGAACAUCAACCGUCAACAUAGAGGCUUCAAGAGGGUCAUCCAGGCCAAAGGCAUCAAGUUUGACAUCAUCCACAAGGGGUGAGAUCCACAGAGAUACACCAGACCUGGGUUAAUACAUGCGGAUUGAAGUAACAUAGAAUAUUAACACAGAAACAUCAUGUGGGGGAAUCUGGUCUAGUGGUUUAACACUGCAGACAUUGGACCACACAUACCUGUUGGUGAAGGGGUUAUGGAUCCCACCUGGGCCCCUACUGUCUGUCUGUCUGUCUCUGUCACAUACCUGUUGGUGAAGGGGUUAUGGAUCCCACCUGGGCCCCUACUGUCUGUCUGUCUGUCUCUGUCACAUACCUGUUGGUGAAGGGGUUAUGGAUCCCUGAUCCCCUACUGUCUGUCUGUCUGUCUCUGUCACAUACCUGUUGGUGAAGGGGUUAUGGAUCCCACCUGGGCCCCUACUGUCUGUCUGUCUGUCUCUGUCACAUACCUGUUGGUGAAGGGGUUAUGGAUCCCACCUGGGCCCCUACUGUCUGUCUGUCUGUCUCUGUCACAUACCUGUUGGUGAAGGGGUUAUGGAUCCCUGGUCCCCUACUGUCUGUCUGUCUGUCUCUGUCACAUACCUGUUGGUGAAGGGGUUAUGGAUCCCUGGUCCCCUACUGUCUGUCUGUCUGUCUCUGUCACAUACCUGUUGGUGAAGGGGUUAUGGAUCCCUGGUCCCCUACUGUCUGUCUGUCUGUCUCUGUCACAUACCUGUUGGUGAAGGGGUUAUGGAUCCCUGGUCCCCUACUGUCUGUCUGUCUGUCUCUGUCACAUACCUGUUGGUGAAGGGGUUAUGGAUCCCUGGUCCCCUACUGUCUGUCUGUCUGUCUCUGUCACAUACCUGUUGGUGAAGGGGUUAUGGAUCCCUGGUCCCCUACUGUCUGUCUGUCUGUCUCUGUCACAUACCUGUUGGUGAAGGGGUUAUGGAUCCCACCUGGGCCCCUACUGUCUGUCUGUCUGUCUCUGUCACAUACCUGUUGGUGAAGGGGUUAUGGAUCCCUGGUCCCCUACUGUCUGUCUGUCUGUCUCUGUCACAUACCUGUUGGUGAAGGGGUUAUGGAUCCCACCUGGGCCCCUACUGUCUGUCUGUCUGUCUCUGUAUCUGUCUCCUAUCUACCUUCCAACGGUCACUGGCCAUAAACAAUCAAAUACUAACAAAUUAAAAAAAUAUAUAAUAAACAGAGAAACAAAGAAAGGUCAUUGUGAACAGUGACCUGGGCUGUCCAUUGUCUAUAAUCAACAGUGGUAUUCACUGGGCAUGAGACGGAAGACAUUUCUCAGAAACAGGAUAAAACUGGGAAGCAUUUUCCAGACAGAGAGUUGAGAAGGUGUUCUUCUGAUCAGGUUAAAUCCCUUUCUCUGUCUGGACUGGUCCAAUAACAAACUCUCCUUUUCAUUUAGCCACGGUGCACUUCAUACUGUGUGUUCAUUUAGCCACGGUGCACUUCAUACUGUGUGUUCAUUUAGCCACGGUGCACUUCAUACUGUGUGUUCAUUUAGCCACGGUGCGCUUCAUACUGUGUUCAUUUAGCCACGGUGCACUUCAUACUGUGUGUUCAUUUAGCCACGGUGCACUUCAUACUGUGUGUUCAUUUAGCUACGGUGCACUUCAUACUGUUUGUUCAUUUAGCCACGGUGCACUUCAUACUGUGUGGUCAUUUAGCCACGGUGCACUUCAUACUGUGUGUUCAUUUAGCCACGGUGCACUUCAUACUGUGUGGUCAUUUAGCCACGGUGCACUUCAUACUGUGUGGUCAUUUAGCUACGGUGCACUUCAUACUGUGUGUUCAUUUAGCUACGGUGCACUUCAUACUGUGUGUUCAUUUAGCCACGGUGCACUUCAUACUGUGUGGUCAUUUAGCCACGGUGCACUUCAUACUGUGUGUUCAUUUAGCUACGGUGCACUUCAUACUGUGUGUUCAUUUAGCUACGGUGCACUUCAUACUGUGUGUUCAUUUAGCCACGGUGCACUUCAUACUGUGUGUUCAUUUAGCCACGGUGCACUUCAUACUGUGUGUUCAUUUAGCUACGGUGCACUUCAUACUGUGUGUUCAUUGGCCUGUUAGUCCUGUAGAGUCUAAGACAGGGAGGGAUUGGGUGGAUUGAGACGCAUCCAAUGCAACAAAAAAACCAGUUAUCUCUAGCUUAAACUGACAGAUGUUGAUGGGUAUUAUUUUAUUUUGUUACUUAGAUUGACUCACUGGUGCAUCAAUAGACCUUAGGGUUUUAAUGUGUGUGUGUGUGUGUGUGUGUGUGUGUGUGUGUGUGUGUGUGUGUGUGUGUGUGUGUGUGUGUGUGUGUGUAGGGGUCUGUUCAAGGGGGACAAAGUGUUGGGGAACGCUCAGCUGAAGCUGGACUCACUGGAGAACCAAUGUGACAUCAGACAGAUUAUAGAGGUAAACACACACACACACACACACACACAGAUACACACACACAACUUUCCGCAUGCACAUAUUUUCACUUAGACAUGCACAUAUCUCUCUCUCUCUCUCUCUCUCUCUCUCUCUCUCUCACACACACCUAUCUAACUGUGUGUUGUUGUUGUGCUAGGUGUUGACACACCUAUCUAACUGUGUGUUGUUGUUGUGCUAGGUGUUGACACACCUAUCUAACUGUGUGUUGUUGUUGUGCUAGGUGUUGACACACCUAUCUAUCUGUGUGUUGUUGUUGUGCUAGGUGUUGACACACCUAUCUAUAUGUGUGUUGUUGUUGUUGUGCUAGGUGUUGACACACCUAUCUAACUGUGUGUUGUUGUUGUGCUAGGUGUUGACACACCUAUCUAUCUGUGUGUUGUUGUUGUUGUGCUAGGUGUUGACACACCUAUCUAACUGUGUGUUGUUGUUGUGCUAGGUGUUGACACACCUAUCUAACUGUGUGUUGUUGUUGUGCUAGGUGUUGACACACCUAUCUAACUGUGUGUUGUUGUUGUUGUGCUAGGUGUUGACACACCUAUCUAACUGUGUUUUGUUGUUGUGCUAGGUGUUGACACACCUAUCUAUCUGUGUUGUUGUUGUUGUGCUAGGUGUUGACACACCUAUCUAACUGUGUGUUGUUGUUGUGCUAGGUGUUGACACACCUAUCUAACUGUGUUGUUGUGCUAGGUGUUGACACACCUAUCUAACUGUGUGUUGUUGUUGUGCUAGGUGUUGACACACCUAUCUAACUGUGUGUUGUUGUUGUUGUGCUAGGUGUUGACACACCUAUCUAACUGUGUGUUGUUGUUGUUGUGCUAGGUGUUGACACACCUAUCUAUCUGUGUGUUGUUGUUGUUGUGCUAGGUGUUGACACACCUAUCUAACUGUGUGUUGUUGUUGUGCUAGGUGUUGGAUGGUCGUAAGGCUACAGGAGGUAAGCUGGAGGUGAGGGUAAAGAUUCGGGAGCCGCUGGGAGGAGCACAGCUUCAGACCACCACAGAGAAAUGGCUGGUCCUAGACCCUCUACCAAUCACCACCCCCGACAGAGAGAGAGAACAACAGGUGAGGAGAGAGAGAGAGACCUACCUUUGGAGUGUUCAGUACUGGUAGGGGUAUAGUAUCUGUCAGAGUUAACAUGUUAUAUUAAUAUCAGACUAACUGAAGUAUCUGUCAGAGUUAACAUGUUACAUUAAUAUCAGUCUAACGGAAGUCUGUCUGUCUGUGCAUGUCUGUCUGCCCCCCCCCCCCCCCCCCCCCCUCUCUCUCUCCCCCUCUCUCUCUCCCCCCCAGUCCCCCUCUCCUCGCUCCAAACCCAAGAGUGACCAUGGGAGGAACAAGCAGCCUAACCAGUCCAGCCACUCUCCUGCCCAGUAUAAACUCCACAGCUUCAGUCUACUGCACUACGAUAAGGAGAGACUGGAGAGACAGGUAGGGCUGUGUGACUUCACACCAUUUUCUUUCUCUCUAUUUCCACUUCAUUUUCCUCUCCUCUUCUCCGUGGGAACGUUUCAUCUAGAUCUGUUCACAAUUGGAGGUAGCCAAUCUAUGCUGUGAUUGGUCUAAGAUGAUGUCAAUCACCCUGUGUGUCCUUCAGAUUGGUGAUUACAGGAAGAGUAGGCGGGAUCCUCCGUCUGACCUGCUACAGCAACACAAGGAGGUCACACACAGGCUGCAGUGGCAGAAAGCCCAGCUAGAGAGAGGCUCCGCUACACUACUGUCAGGUAACACAAUUCACAACCAUAUUCAUACACAGGGUAAUAUGAACAGCUACACACUCAUUUGUGUAUUUCUCUCCCUCCCUCUAUCCCUCCUUCCAUCCGUCGCUCUCUCUGUCUCUCUCCAUCCCCAUCUCCCUCCAUCUCUCUCUCUCUCUGUAGAGUAUGAGAAUGUUUUGCAGCGUUUUGCCCAGGGACUUGCUGAGUCAGUGAAGAAGUUUUCCAGCCAAGGCAACAGGGUGAGCACAGGGUCAGGGUCGUGUGUGUGUGUGUGUGUGUGUGUGUGUGUGUGUGUGUGUGUGUGUGUGUGUGUGUGUGUGUGUAACGUGUCUGUCCCUCUGCCUAUUCAGGAUGCUGCUAAGGACGCUCUAGGUCGGCUGAAGAUGGUGGAGACUGAGGUAAACACUGUUAUAGACACUCCGUGUUAGGUACAUCACCCAGUUCACCAAAAUGGAUGGCUCCUACAGACAGUGAGUCACGUGGCCAGGGCUUGCUAUAUGAAGCAGGCAGACAGGCAUCGAGGCAUUCAGUUACUGUUCCAUUGAACGUUAGAAUGGGCAAAACGAGUGACCUAAGCGACUUUGAGCGUGGUAUGGUCGUCGGUGCCAGGCGCACCGGAUCCAGUAUCUCAGAAACGGCCGGCCUCCUGGGUUUUCACGCGCGACAGUGUCUAGGGUUAAACGAGAAUGGUGCUUCAAACAAAAAAACAUCUAGUCAGCUGCAAGAAUCGAGUGGAAAAACAUUGCCUGGUCCGACGAAUCCCGGUUCUUGUUGCGUCAGGAUUUGGUGUAAGCAGCAUGAGCCCCAUCUUGCCUGGUGUCAACGGUACAGGCUGGUGGUGUAAUGGUGUGGGGAAUUUCCUGGCACAUGUUAGGCCCCUUGAUGCCAACUGAGCAACGAUUCCAUGCCCCGAAGAAUUUAGGCUGUUCUGGAGGUAAAGGGGGGUCUGACCCGGUGCUAGAUUGGUGUACCUAAUAAACUGGCGAAUAAGUGUAUAUAUGACUAUGUCUGUGUUUACACAGGCAGCCCAAUUCUGAUCUUUUGACCAAUUAUUGGCAAAAUAUCGGAUCUGAUUUAAAAAAAGACAAAUUAGUGUCAAAAGAUCAGAACUGGACUGCCUGUUUAAACAGCCUUUAUUAAUCUGACCACAUACUGUAUAAGAGCACUAUGUGAGGUGAUGUAUAAUAUCAUUUAGUUUGAAUUGUAUCUGACACCUACCUCUUGUCCUCCUCUCUACCCAUCUACUUAUCUCAUCCCUCCCUCUCUCUCUCCCUCUCUCGCUCUCUCACCUCCACUCCUUCUCUCCCUCUCUUCUCUCACCUCCACUCCUUCUCUCCCUCUCUCCUUCUCUCCCUCUCUCGCUCUCUCACCUCCACUCCUUCUCUCCCUCUCUCACCUCCACUCCUUCUCUCCCUCCCUCCUUCUCUCCCUCUCUCCCUCUCUCGCUCUCUCCUCACCAUCCCUCCUCUCUCCUUCUCUCCUUCUCUCCCUCUCUCGCUCUCUCACCUCCACUCCUUCUCUCCCUCUCUCCUACUCCACUCCUUCUCUCCCUCUCUCCUACUCCUCUCCUUCUCUCCCUCUCUCCCCUUCUCCUCUCUCUCCCUCUCUCACCUCCACUCCUUCUCUCCCCUUCUCCUCUCUCUCCCCAUCUCAUGUGUUCCUUCUUUCCCUCUCUCCAUUCCUCAGUUGGAAUCUCUCAAGAGGAAACGCACCGUAUGAGAGGAAGAGGACAGAGGGAGAGUUGGCUGGAGGACUGUUAUAUUACACACACCAAUCACACACACACUCAGGGGACAGGUCCAAGCACCUUUAACAUCUUCAUGACACUCCUAUGUUCCUCUCUGCCUCCUCCACUAAUACUCUCCCUUUUACUCUGUACUUUAAUUAGUAUUGUCAUUCAUACAAUCCGUUAUGAAGAAGAACCCGUUUGAAUAAUAACAGGCCUGCAUCCCAAAUGGCAUCUUAUUCCC